CACCACACCCAACCUGAGGGCCUGCCCAUCAGCCUGCAGCCGGAGCCAGAAGAGCGGACUCGGGUGGAGGCUGACCUGUCUCUCCAUCUCCUGGGAACGGCGCAGGGAGGCAGCGAGAUGGCUUGGUGGAAAGCCUGGAUUGAACAGGAGGGUGUCGCAGUGAAGGGCAGCCCCCAUUUCAACCCAGACCCCGAUGCGGAGACCCUCUACAAAGCCAUGAAGGGGAUCGGGACCAACGAGCAAGCCAUCAUCGACGUGCUCACCCGGAGGAGCAACACCCAGCGGCAGCAGAUCGCCAAGUCCUUCAAGGCCCAGUUCGGCAAGGACCUCACCGAGACCUUGAAGUCAGAGCUGAGCGGCAAGUUCGAGCGACUCAUCGUGGCCCUCAUGUACCCGCCUUAUAGCUACGAGGCCAAGGAGCUGCACGACGCCAUGAAGGGCUUAGGAACCAAAGAGGGUGUCAUCAUCGAGAUCCUGGCCUCUCGGACCAAGAAGCAGCUGCAGGAGAUCAUGAAGGCAUAUGAGGAGGACUACGGUUCCAGCCUGGAGGAAGACAUCCAAGCAGACACAAGCGGCUACCUGGAGCGGAUUCUGGUGUGCCUCCUACAGGGCAGCAGGGAUGAUGUGAGCAGCUUCGUGGACCCAGCGCUGGCCGUCCAAGAUGCCCAGGACCUGUACGCAGCGGGGGAGAAGAUCCAGGGCACCGAUGAGAUGAAGUUCAUCACCAUCCUGUGCACACGCAGCGCCACUCACCUGAUGAGAGUGUUCGAGGAGUACGAGAAGCUCGCCAACAAGAGCAUCGAGGACAGCAUCAGGAGUGAGACGAGCGGCUUGCUGGAGGAAGCCAUGCUCACCGUGGUGAAAUGCACCCGGAACCUCCACAGCUAUUUCGCGGAGAGACUCCACUUCGCCAUGAAGGGAGCAGGUACGCGUGACGGGACCCUGAUCAGGAACAUCGUCUCCAGGAGCGAGAUUGACUUAAAUCUGAUCAAGUGUCAGUUCAAGGAGCUAUACGGCAAGACGCUCAGCAGCAUGAUCGAGGGGGACACCAGCGGUGACUUCAAGAACGCCCUGCUGAGCCUAGUGGGCAGCGACCCCUGAAGACCAAGAAGAGGCAACAAAGGCCCAGGAGCCAGAGCUGCGGGACCUGCUUGCUCGGCCUUGGCCGGGGUGGGGAGGGUGGGGUG